GGCCUGGGCCAGCGAUCAUGGCUUUGGCGUUUCUCUUCUCGUUGUUGGCGCAGAGAGUGCCAUGUGUUGGCGAGGAGUUCGAUGCAGACACGCUCAAACGCAUGCAGCAGCAUGAGGUGUAUCUGCGAGAGCAGAUGGCAAAGCUGCUGCUACACAUAGAGAAGAAGAACACGGAGGAGAGCAGGGUGGGCAUGCAAGCCCUGCUCUGUGCUGUGUGGCCUUACUGGAAGGUUUGGAGUGCUCUUUUUCUUACGGUCCUUCUGCUCUGGUUCACGUGGAAGAUCUAUAAAAAGUUCCGGGCAGUUGAAGACAGCAGUGAUGAGGAGAGCUCCCGCGGUGAGGAGGAGCAGCAGAAGCAGGAGGAGGAAGUGCGAGAGGAGGAUGAUCUUUUCCUCCCUGACACGCUCUGGCUAAGCCAAAUUCAUCGAGGCAACUGUGACCAGAUACUCUCGCUGUUUGGUUACCUCAUUCAGUUUUGCCAGUACCUCGUGUCAGAUACUUCCUAUCCAGUGCCACAGCGCCCCAUCGGGGUGGGCAGUGCCUACGAAAGCUGGUUUCCCCUUGAGGAUGAACCUGUCUUUUGCCUGCUUGUGCCCCUGUUGGCCCCCUGUGGGCACGUUUUCCACCUGGAUCUGGGUGCCCCAGGGGAGCUGCCAGCCAGGAACCCCCGUAUCCGUGUGGAGCUGGAAUGCACGUGCGGGAGGGAGCAGGAGAUGGGCAUGCAGUGCUUCCUCCACACCUCCGCAGAAGAGCUGAGAAAUCAACAGCCCAGCCUCCUACACAGCCUCUGCACUGGCUCCUACCUAGAUGUGGAGAAGACUGCCCGCUGGUUCCUGGUGCUGAUCAGAAAUGCCUGGAAGUGCGUGCCUGAGUCUGCAACAUGCAGCAUGAACGUGAUGCUGCUGUCCAGGCGCUCCUGCAGGCUUCAGCUGACAGAUAUCAACAACACAACCGUCUUUGUUGAGAUAGUGUUUGGUGUACAGCAGGACAGAACAGACAUCUUUCUGAGCAGCCAGGAGACAGAGGUUGCCGGUACCCCCAGCACAACCUGGACACAGAGCUGCGCAGUGGCAGAGGCGAAGUUCUUCCAGCAUGUAGCCACCCAUGCCCAGGAGGACAAUUUCUACCUCAGAUACGCGCAAGUGGGUGCCCAUAUCCUGGCGGGCCACAGCUUUUCUACCUAUGAGCUGAAGACAGUGCUCAUGCACCUCCUGACUGCCAACCCGCUGGAAAGCUGGCAUGGGAGGUAUUUUCUGCAGCGGAUGGAUGACACCUUGCGCUACCUGCGCUGCUGUGUGGAGGAGAAACGUCUGGACCACUUCCUCAUUGGAAAUGAGAAGGUGCCAGCAGAGAUUACCCUGCCGCAGGAUUUCCAAGCAUCCCAGCCGCUCAACCUCCUCCAACACCUGGCGGAAGAUCCGGACAGACGUGAGCAGGUGCUGCAGGAGCUGGAGGAGCUGCAAGAUCAGCUCACAAGCCUGCUGAUCUACCAGAAAUGCGAGACAUCCACUUGUCCCACACACGAGCACGCCGGACAGGGAGGAGAUGACACACAGUAG